GCGUAGGAAAAGCCGCAACGGCCGCCACACCAAAACGUUGAUGGUGUCACUGGCGCUGGUGAAGCGACGAAUAUGUCUCUUCACGCUGCUGAGCGCCGUCUUCUUCAUCUCAUGUCUCGUGCCUCUCGUCCUAGACUCCUUGAUCCCUGUGCAGCCAGCUACAUACUACUGUGACACGACCCAAGUGCUGACGAUGCGGUCGGAUUUGGCACAGUUGCCAUGGGGUGCAUCAUGCAUCUCCGCGACAGCGUUCAUCGAGGUCUUCCUGCCCACCCUUGUGGACGUGAAAAACCGUCCUGUGAAGCCUCCCACUAGUCCCAUGCUCAACGCAUUCUGCACCGUCGAGUGCGCCGACGCCAUCGCGAACCUCAAGGCGUACGCGUUCCUGCCUUGCGACUCUGUUUUGGACGGCAAGACGCGGUCCAUAGGCUCGAUUCCCCCACUUCUCUGUCCUAACGGAUCCUCUGUCGUGACAGUGCCACCAGCGCCGACGUCUAUGGACCGCGCUGGCUUCUACUGUGGGUACGCCACGUUGAACAACGCAUUUGGAACCCAGGGCACGACUCCUCUGCGUGGCUCAUCCAACACGUGCACCCAAGCUGCUGCGAGGGUGUUCUUCCCCGACGUUACGACCGACGGCAUCCCUUACUUUCCCGUGACCUUGGCCAUGGUGGACACGUUGUGCAACCAGUGCCCAGACACCGUUACAAUGCUUCGGAAGGCCACCAUGCCUCUGUGCGACACGGUCAUCAACGACAAAACCAUCAGCUUUGCUAACCUCUCCGCGCGUAUGUGUCUUGUAAAAGACGUCACGGCCACCAACCAAACCAUAGCCAAUAGAUCCACAUCGUAACCUUAUUUGCCAAGCAUACUCAGUACAGUUUUCAACCAAAGGGCCAGCCAUCGCUGUACUUUUCCAUUCACCACAACUGGCAACAAUCACGACGACGCAUGGAACGUCCUGCACACAACCUACGACACAUUCAGUCGCUGGUAAAAUUGAGUCACGACUACAGUACAAGAUAAACACGAAGCUCGCGACACCAAACGCG